GCUCGGCCUUAAGGUGGGCGGAAGUGCCUACCCUCCGCCGCCGCCGCCGCCUGUCUCUCUGGUUACGCUUUUUUCCCCCCGGGUCCGGGCUUGCCGACUAAAAAGCGCCCGGCCGAAAUCAUGGGAGUCCCCGCUUUCUUUCGCUGGCUGAGCCGCAAGUAUCCGUCCAUCAUCGUGAACUGCGUGGAAGAAAAGCCCAAAGAAUGCAAUGGCGUCAAGAUCCCAGUUGAUACCAGUAAACCUAAUCCAAAUGAAGUGGAGUUUGAUAAUCUAUAUUUGGAUAUGAAUGGAAUCAUCCAUCCUUGUACACAUCCUGAAGACAAACCUGCACCGAAAAAUGAAGAUGAAAUGAUGGUUGCAAUUUUUGAAUAUAUUGAUAGACUCUUCAAUAUAGUAAGACCAAGACGGCUUCUCUACAUGGCAAUAGAUGGAGUAGCUCCACGUGCUAAAAUGAACCAGCAGCGUUCCAGGAGGUUUAGAGCAUCAAAAGAAGGAAUGGAAGCAACUAUAGAGAAGCAACGAGUCAGGGAAGAAAUACUGUCAAAAGGUGGCUUUCUUCCUCCAGAAGAGAUCAAAGAAAGAUUUGACAGCAAUUGUAUUACACCAGGAACCGAGUUCAUGGACAAUCUUGCUAAAUGUCUUCGAUACUACAUUGCUGAUCGUUUAAAUAAUGACCCAGGGUGGAAAAAUUUGACAGUUAUUUUAUCUGAUGCUAGUGCUCCUGGUGAAGGAGAACAUAAAAUCAUGGAUUAUAUUAGAAGACAAAGAGCUCAACCUAACCAUGACCCAAACACUCAUCAUUGUUUAUGUGGAGCUGAUGCUGAUCUCAUUAUGCUUGGACUUGCUACACAUGAGCCAAACUUUACAAUUAUCAGGGAAGAGUUCAAACCGAACAAACCAAAACCAUGUGGUCUUUGUAAUCAGCUUGGGCACGAGGUCAAGGACUGCCAGGGUUUGCCAAGGGAAAAACAGGGAGAGCAUGAUCAGUUUGAAGAAAGUCUUCCUGCUUCAGAAGGAGAGUUUAUCUACAUUCGGCUAAAUGUGCUUCGUGAGUAUUUAGAAAGAGAAUUAACUAUGGCCAGCCUGCCAUUCACUUUUGAUAUUGAGAGGAGCAUCGAUGACUGGGUUUUCAUGUGUUUCUUUGUGGGAAAUGACUUCCUUCCACAUUUGCCAUCCUUGGAGAUUAGGGAAGGAGCAAUUGAUCGUUUAGUUAAUAUAUACAAAAAUGUGGUGCAUAAAACGGGGGGUUACCUUACAGAGAGUGGUUACGUCAAUCUACAGAGAGUACAAAUGAUCAUGUUAGCUGUUGGUGAAGUUGAGGAUAGUAUUUUUAAAAAAAGAAAGGAUGAUGAGGAAAGUUUUAAAAGAAGGCAAAAAGAAAAAAGAAAAAGAAUGAAGAGGGAUCAGCCAGCUUUUGUUCCUAGUGGAAUUUUAACCCCUCAAGCUUUGGGUGCAAGAAAUUCACAUGGAUCCCAAGUAGCCAGUAAUCCAAGACAAGCGGCCUAUGAAAUGAGAAUGCAUAAUAACUCUAGUCCUUUAACAUCUCCCAAUACUAGUUUCACUUCUGAUGGCUCCCCAUCUCCAGGAGGAGGAAUUAAACGAAAAGCAGAAGAUAGUGACAGUGAACCUGAGCCAGAGGAUAACGUCAGGUUAUGGGAAUCUGGUUGGAAGCAACGAUAUUAUAAGAACAAAUUUGAUGUUGAUGCAGCUGAUGAAAAAUUCCGUCGUAAAGUUGUGCAGUCUUAUGUUGAAGGACUAUGUUGGGUUCUUCGAUAUUAUUACCAGGGCUGUGCUUCCUGGAAAUGGUAUUAUCCUUUUCAUUAUGCACCAUUUGCUUCAGACUUUGAAGGUAUUGCAGAUAUGCCCUCGGAUUUUGAAAAGGGUACAAGACCGUUUAAACCACUGGAGCAACUUAUGGGGGUCUUUCCAGCUGCAAGUGGUAACUUUCUACCUCCCUCAUGGCGGAAGCUCAUGAGUGACCCUGAAUCCAGUAUAAUUGACUUCUACCCAGAAGAUUUUGCAAUUGAUUUGAAUGGGAAGAAAUAUGCUUGGCAAGGUGUUGCCCUAUUACCAUUUGUUGAUGAACGCCGUCUGAGAGCUGCGCUAGAAGAAGUUUAUCCUGACCUUACACCUGAUGAAACUAGAAGAAAUAGUCUUGGUGGUGAUGUAAUGUUUGUGGGGAAACACCAUCCACUUAGUGACUUCCUUUCAGAACUGUAUAAAACAGGUUCCACAGAGGCAGUAGAUUUGCCACCUGAACUUUGUCAUGGGAUCCAAGGAAAACUUACUUUACAUGAAGAAGCCAUUCUUCCAGAUCAAAUAGUGUAUUCUCCAGUUCCAGUAUUGCGAGAUUUGACACAGAACACUGCAAUCAGUAUUAAUUUUAAAGAUCCACAAUUUGCUGACGAUUACAUUUUUAAAGCUACAGUACUACCAGGAGCAAGAAAACCUGCAACUGUACUCAAACCUGGUGAUUGGGAAAAAUCCAGCAACGGAAGGCAAUGGAGACCACAGCUUGGUUUUAAUCGAGACCGCAGGCCAGUUCACUUAGAUCAGUCAGCAUUUAGGACACUAGGUCACGUCAUGCCAAGAGGUCCAGGAGGUGGACCUUACAGCAAUGCUGCACCACCUGGAAAUUACCAGGGAAAUUUAUACAGGCCAAUGAUAAGAGGACAAGCACAGAUUCCAAAGCUUAUGUCAAAUAUGAGACCACAUGAUUCCUGGAGAGGUCCCACUCCCCUUUUCCAUCAACCAAGAUUUGACAGAGCUGCAGCUGAACCUCUACUGCCUUGGAACCGUAUGCUACAAUCCCAAAAUGCAGCAUUUCAGCAAAAUCAGUAUCAACUACUAGGGGGCCCAGGCGGUUAUCCACCAAGACGUGAUGAUCGUGGAGGGAGACAGGGAUAUGGUCCUGGAAGGAAUUACCCUUUGCCACCUCCCUCAGGAAGAUACAACUGGAAUUAAGCUUUUGUAAAGCUUUCUUAAAUCCUUUCAUCAUUCUACGAUUUUAUGCUGUUUGUGGAAAGGAAGCAUCUUUAUCAAACAGUAGUUUAAAAACUACAAUACUUGAUGUAUUUGUUUUAACCGUGUAUAUUUCUUACAGAUCUGAUUUUCAGUGUUUUAUGUUGCUUUCCAAUUGUGUAAUGCAUAAUACAGUGGAUUUGAAUUUACUACUUUACUUGUGAGAGACAUUUGAUGAAUAGAAAAGUACUGGUUUUUUUAAUCGUAGUUAAGAAUCAAACUGUAUUACUGUGAAUUUCAAAACAGUGUACACUAGCUCAUCCAAAAUACAUACUGAUUUUUAAUUAAUGCACAAAAAUUAGGUCUGAACACUUCAGGUAGAAUCUUCAACCAGCUAGAAAACACAUGUUUAAGACAAGCUACUGUUCAAUAUUCCUUUGAAAAUACUUCAUUAUUGUAUCUGUCUGAGAAUUUCUGGACCACUUUAGUAAAAAAAAAAAAAAAAAUCAACUUUUAAAACUCUUGGUCUCUUGUGUUCUUUCUUUUCUAUUUUCCUCCAGCAUUUCAGCAUUUUUCUUUUUUAGGUAUCUAUAGCAGUCAGAGCCAAAAUUUUUUUGUUUUUUAAGUACGCUCUUGCAGAGAUGAUAAUUCAAUUCUCUUAUUAGAGUAAAAGAAAGAAUCAUUAUUAAAGGUGCAGACUAAUAUGGUUGGCAUUUUAUAAUUUUUUUUAAUUUGUAUCCAACCCAAGAAAAUGUUUUUAAAACAAUCUACAGUGCAUUAACAUGUCAACAAUAUUAGCUUGAUUGCCUAUAUUUUUAAAAUUGUGAUAAGUAACUUUUUAAUGUACUUUUUAAAAUUCAUAUUUAUUUCUCUGAAUGUUUCUGCAUUGUCAGAAUUGAAGAGGAAAACUCUUACCUGUUCUUAAUUGUCAAGAUUAGUUCUAAGUCACUACAAAAAUAGAAAUUUCAAUAAAAGUUAGGUAUUCUUUGUUCUUUAAAUAUUGACACUUUUUUAUGCAUAAUCCAGAUUACAUUUUUAGAUUGCACAUUUCACUUUCAUUCAUUUCCUUAUUAUGAAUUAUUUCACCUUGCCAUUUUUUUUUAAAUUAAAAAAAAUUACAGUCCUUUGAAGCUUUCCCACUUUUUUUCCAGUCCUUGUAAAUCGGAUAUCAAGAAAUAAUUUCUCCUGGACCAUCUGGUAUGGGCAUUUUUAGUUCAGCCAUCUUCAAGGGCACAGAUUUUAAUCCUAGUGAAUAAGGAAAAAAAAAUACACCACCUUAGCCUUGAAAGGAAGAUAUUUUGAAAUUAAGCUUUUUACUUCCAAGUGAUAACAAGAACAGAACAAAAUGUUUUGUGCUGAUUUUUUUCAUCUGCGUUAUUGACAUGGUAACCAUCAUAUUUUAGUGCACUAAUGAAAUAUAUAAUAGUACAUAUUAAAAUGGAUCUGAAUUGUUCUGCCAUGGAUAAGCUGAACAUUAAAUUUCUUGUGUGCUGUUCUUGUUCCAUUAAAAAUUCCUUGCCAUCUAAAAUUUUGCAAAAAACAAUAGCAUGUCAUCUGAAGGAAAGACAUUAGUUUCAUCAGUGCACUUACCUAUUUUGCCUUACAUUUUUUACAAGUUAUCUUUUUGUGUGUGUGUGUGAGAUUUCAUAGCAUUUUUUCUUAAAAAUAGAAUAAUUUAGGAAGUUUAAUUAUUUCAUCCAACCAAAUAGUAGUUUUAUAUAUAAGCUAGAACUACAUUGGAUUUUUAAAUUUCCAGUCAUUGUUUUGGAGACUAUUUUCUCAAAACAUGAUUUUCAGGAAGAAAUGAAGCUCUCAAAAUCCAUACCAUAAAAGUCAACAGGGACCAUGUUCCUGUUCUAUGAGUGAUGUGUUAAAAAUCGUUUUGGAUGUGGAAUGAGAGGACCUGGGUUAAAAUAUUUACCAUACAUUUUCCUAGAUGAGUCUAGGGCAAGUCAGUUUUUGUGAGCCUCAGUUAUCUUGUCUAUAAAAUGAUAGUUGGGGAGCAGUUGGGCUAGAAGAUAUUUAAGGUCCCUCUAGUCCUAAAUUUUAUUUCUGAGUAAUUAUAAAAAUUAAAUGUUUAGCUAAACUAUCAUUGUUGCUUCAAGGAGAUGUUCAUGUACUUCCUUGAUGCUUUUUCUUCCCCAUUUCCUUACUCUUUUAAUACCGUCAUUCGUGUAGGUGUUAUGCAUGUCUUUUAUAAACCCUUCAGGGAAGUUGUUUCCUGCCAUUUCUAUAUAGAAAACAACAACAAAAAAAAAGUUUUGUAGUUUUAAAUAUGAUGUGUAAUAAAUACUGCAAAUAAAAAUGGUGUAAAAUCAAAGCAAAAA